AUGGGCGCUGCUCGCCCCCUCGGAACGCUGCUGCUGCUGCUGCUGCUGGCCCAGGGGCUGCUCUGCGCUGCCGCCACACGGUUUCAAGAUGUGUUGAACCAUGGAAGCACUUCUCCUGUGACAUCCUACAAGAAGCUACAAGGCUGGUCUAGUGAUCAAAAUAAAUGGGAUGAAAAACUUUAUCCUUUCUGGGAAGAAGGAGAUCCCAGAUGGAAGGACUGCUGGAAAGGUGGAAGGGUGACAGCCAAACUGGACAGUGACAGCCCAGCACUGGUAGGAUCCAACGUGAGCUUUGUGGUGACUCUCCAGUUUCCCAAGUGCCAGACAGAAGAUAAUGAUGGCAACAUUGUAUACAGGAGAAACUGUACCCAGGAUCCUCCAGCUUCCAUGGAUCAGCAAGUCUAUGUCUACAACUGGACUGAAUGGACUGACAGCUGUGGCUGGGAAAACUGCACAAGCAACCACAGCCACAACGUAUUCCCAGAUGGACAUCCUUUCCCUCAUCACCCAGGCUGGAGGAGAAGGAACUUUGUCUAUGUGUUUCACACUUUUGGUCAGUAUUACCAAACAACGGGACGAUCUUCAGCGAAGUUUUCAGUGAACACAGCAAAUAUCACCCUUGGUGAACAUGGGAUGGCAGUGUCCAUUUACAGGAGAGGGCACUCGGGAUUUGUUCCGGUUGCAAGAGCAAAAACCACCUACUCAGUGACAGACAAAAUUCCAGUAAUUGUGAGUAUGUUCCAAAAACAUGACCGCAACAUCUCAGACUCCAUUUUCAUCAAAGACUCACCAAUUACAUUUGAUGUGAAGAUCCAUGAUCCCAGCUACUAUCUGAAUAAUUCUGCCCUCUCCUACAAGUGGAACUUUGGAGAUGGAAGUGGCUUAUUUGUAGCCACUGGUUCUAGUACAUCUCACACCUACACUCUGCAAGGAAACUUCACUCUGAAUUUAACUGUCCAAGCCAUUAUACCUGUACCUUGCAGGCCAGUAACACCCACUGCACCACCGCCCACCUCAGUAGCUACAACCGGAGCAUCUUCUGAUUCUGACUCUCUUCCCACUGUGGAGUCAGUGGAGGACAAUCCUGAUGGAGGCUGCCAUAUUUACAGAAAUGGAUACUAUGGAAGUAGUAUUGCUGUUGUGGAGGGAAUCCUCGAGGUAAAUAUUAUUCAGAUGACAAGCAUCCAGAUGACAGAAAGUCAAGCUGAAAACUCACUGGUUGACUUUGUUGUUACCUGCCAAGGGAGUCUCCCCACAGAUGUCUGCACUGUGGUUUCUGACCCCACGUGCCAGGUGUCCAAGAGCAUGGUGUGUGACCCCGUCGUCGUCACGGAUGAGUGUUUACUCACCAUCAGGAGAGCUUUUGAGGAACCCGGGACCUACUGCAUAAACAUCACCCUGGGUGAUGACACAAGCCAAGCCCUUGCCAGUGCCCUGAUCUCUGUAAAUGGAGGAGCAUCAUCUGGAACAACAGAAGGUGUCUUCAUCUUCCUUGGCUUGUUGGCAGUGUUUGCUACCAUUGGGGCAUUUGUCCUUUACAAGAGAUACAAGCAAUACAAGCCUAUUGAGAGGAGUGCAGAACAAACACAGAAGCAGGAGGGAUUUACUGCUUACUUCAGCACUUUCAAAGCCAUUUUCUUCCCUAAUAGCACUGAGAGAAAUCCUCUGCUGAAGAGUAAACCCGGCAUUGUUUAA